UAUAUUAUAUGGAAGCGUGUGAAUCGGGUUCGAUGUGGGCAAAUUUUUUACCAAAUAAUAUUAACGUAUACGCCGUCGCGUCGUCCAAAGCCGGACAAAUUAGUCGACAGGCGUUUUGCUACUUCAAGCCCAACAAAGAUAUGGACUAUUGUCAUGGCAGUUUAUUCAGCCACUACUGGUUGCUGGACAGCGAACGAACUGACCUGAGCAAGGAGACUCUACAGCAACAGUUUGAUUACAUAUUUAAAACUGGUAACCUUAUUGACCCAAUUAUUGUGCCAAGCCACGAGAUUCCACAACAGUCAUUGCAAUUUGGUGAUUUGUCAAUUGCUAAACUGUCCGUGUCAGAAUUUAUGGGCAAUAGAGCUAAAUAA